AUGGCCAUUGAGCUCUGGAACCAUACCCUCCUGCCUGACUUCAUCCUCAAAGGCCUGUUCAGCCACUCACCACAUGACAUCUUCUUCUUUUCCCUGGUCCUUCUGGCCUUUGCAGCCACCCUGGCUGGCAAUAUCCUCCUCCUGCUGCUCAUCCAGGCCGACAGGCAUCUGCACACGCCUAUGUACGUCUUCCUCAGCCAGCUCUCCAUCAUGGACUUGACUCUGAUGUGUGCUGUGGUGCCCAAGAUGGCGGUCAACUUCCUCUCAGGCCGGAAGUCUAUCUCUCGGGGAGGCUGUGGGGCACAGAUCUUCCUGGUGGUCACGGUUGGAGGAGCUGAGUGUUUCCUCUUGGCCAUCAUGGCCUAUGACCGGUAUGUGGCGGUCUGUUCCCCACUGCGGUACCCUGUGCUCAUGAACUGGAAGGUCUGCUUUGUGCUGGCCUUGGCAUGCUGGGCGGGUGGGGUGACCGAUGGCGUGAUUGAUGUGGGUAUGGUCUUUAGCUUCCCCUACUGUCACUCUCUGGAAGUGGACCACUUCUUCUGUGAGGUCCCUGCCCUGCUGCGCCUUUCCUGUGCUGACACCUCUCUCUUUGAAGACCUCAUCUAUGCGUGCUGUGUGGUCAUGCUGCUGUUGCCUCUUGGGGUCAUUGUGGCUUCCUACAUCCGGGUCCUCAUGGCAGUGAUCAAGAUGCCCUCCACCGAGGGGAAGCAGAAAGCUCUGAACACUUGUUCCUCCCACCUGGCUGUGGUGGGCCUCUAUUAUGGCGGAGCUAUCUUCAGCUACAUGCAGAGAGCCUCAGCCAGGACACCUGUGGGUGACAGGGCUACCUCCAUCUUCUACACCAUCCUCACCCCGGUUCUCAACCCGCUCAUUUACAGCCUGAGGAAUAGGGAGGUAGCCAGGGCCCUGAGAAAGAUGCUGAGGAGGAAUGGAGUGUAG